AGGAGAAGAAUCCAAUUCCAAGGCCAGACGCAGAAACCAUGUAUUGCUUAUCCUGCCUUUCCAUUACCAAACCUCUAGCUUUUGCUUCUCUCCCUCAAAAUGACUCUCCUCCUCCCAUCCAAACCACUCAUACUACGAAACCUCCCAUGCGCAGACCAACGUCCUCUACUCAGCCAAGAACGCAGCAGCGCAAAAGACAACAGCCUUCCAUCGCCGAAAUAGAACGCGCUAUCGGUGCCGGAAGGUACCGCGACAUUGAUGCCAGGGAAUUGAAGGAAGAACAGGAGGCUGAAUUCGACUUCAUUUCGUUGAGUUUUAGUGGCAAGUUUGAAGGGCCGGUCGAAAAGAAGCUCCGGGAGACGGGAGAGUGGCUAGACACUUGGACCGAGACCGAGUUUCGAGCCUCUGGAAAAAAGAUCCUUAUGGUUACAUUUCAGUGGAUACUACCAAUUUGGAUGCUCAUGCUUCUCAUUGCCUGCGGGGUCAUCAAGCUACCGUUCAGCAGCCCAUUUAUUGAUGACCUGAUUAUGUGAACACGUUUCAAUUCAAGUUUAAAGACUCCUAUUUAACUGCU